AUGCUUCAGGAAUUCUGGAGAAAUGAAUUGGCGGAAGAUGCGGAGGAUAUAGAUGAACGAAGAAUGCUCCAACUAUAUGAGCAGCGACAAACGGUACAUCAAAGAGCUCAAAGUUCUUCCAGUAGAACACAGAGGAGAAGGUAUUUGAAUCGGGAUCGUGAAGUUGGGCAUGCUCGUCUUUUCAAUGAUUACUUUUCUGAUGAUCCGGUAUAUCCUGAUGACAUAUUUCGACGUCGAUUUCGAAUGAAAAAAGAGUUAUUCCUUCGUAUAGUUGAUGCCGUGAAAAAUCAUUCCGAAUAUUUUCAAUGGAAGGUCGAUGCAGCAGGGAAAAAAGGUUUGUCACCACUUCAGAAAUGCACACCGGCUAUUCGUCAAUUGGCGUAUGGAGCCCCUGCUGAUCAUUAUGAUGAGUAUCUACGGAUUGCUGAAACAACUGCCAUCCAAUGUUUAUUCAACUUUUGCCGAUGUGUAAUUGAAGUGUUUGGUGCCCAAUAUUUAAGAAGACCUAAUGCUGCUGAUAUCCAACACUUGCUUGAAAUGCAUGAGCAGAGACAUGGUUUCCCUGGUAUGUUGGGCAGUCUUGAUUGUAUGCAUUGGCAAUGGAAAAAUUGCCCCGUCGUUUGGAAAGGUCAGUUUACUCGAGGAGAUCAUGGCGUCCCAACAAUUGUGCUCGAAGCCGUUGCAUCUUCGGACUUGUGGAUAUGGCAUGCCUUUUUUGGGAUUGCAGGGUCACGCAAUGAUAUCAAUGUGCUUAAUGAAUCACCAUUAUUCAACGACGUCUUACAAGGGAAUGCACCAGAGGUUAAUUUCACGAUUAAUAAUACACAAUAUACAAAAGGAUACUAUCUGACCGAUGGGAUCUAUCCAGAAUGGGCUACUUUCGUCAAGAGCUUUCCAUGUCCCCAGGAUCCUAAAAGAAAAAUAUUUAAGGAACGACAGGAGGCUGCGAGAAAAGAUGUCGAGAGGGCAUUUGGGGUGCUCCAAUCACGAUGGGCAAUGAUAAAAGGUCCAGGACGAUUUUGGUACAAGGACAAUUUGAAGGACAUCAUGUAUACCUGUAUUAUUUUACACAACAUGAUUAUUGAGAAUGAGGGAGAUGCAGUAGUCAAUUGGUCGGACGAUGAAGGAGAUUCUCAAUCACAAAUAUUUCAAGGCUCCACUCAAGAAUUCCAAGCAUAUAUCCGUAGAAAUUACGAGCUACGUGAUAAUCAGCUACAUCAUCAACUUCGAGCCGACUUAGUUGAGUAUAUCUGGGCACGCUAUAAUUGUAAUCAGUGA